AUCGCAGGUGGUCUCCCAUCACUGGCGCAGAGACAGUUUCAGUUGCGGGGAAGCGCUCUUAUCAAUCUAUCUUCCAACAAGAAGCAGUCCUUGAAGAUUCUGUGCGCGGACAGUUUUUUGGAUCAAACUUUUCUCGCUAAUUUGUGUCCCCCAGUUCUCUUCAAAAUUAUCAUAGAGUGCCUGCGGUGUCGCGUUUCAAAGGCGUGCUUAUUUGAUACGGUUGUGAAUUUUUAGCGGAACCCUCCCCAAAAGAUAAAAGGCGUAUGGCCAGAUUGGCUUUUUCCUGCAACCACUUUGUGUUUUCGCGCGUGUGUUUGUUGUUGCUGUUUCGUUGGUGUACCCUUUAUUUAUCUUCCCUCUAUUACAUUUUUUUCCACGUGUGUGCUUGUUACCUGAGAGGAGUCGAGCCGAAAAGGCGGUGCUCAAAUAACAAAGUCAAACAACUGGGCCAUUCCCGGCCAGCUCCCAGCUCCCAGCUCCGCCGCCCACUCUCACUCCAGCUUAUCCCCGCCCAUGGGCAGCCAGAAAAUGAAAAAAAUAGCAGCCAAACAUAACAGAUAAGAGGAAGCGGAGCGACAGGAAAAUAGAAAGAGUGGAAGAGCAGAGCGAGUGGAAGGGGGGAGUAUCAGCGAUAACUCUUUAUUUGUUUGCCUUUUCUGUAUCGUCCUCGCGCAGCAUGUGAGGCUGAAGACGGAGAGAGCGAGAGAGUGGGUGCUGCCGCGAUUAUUAUGUACCAGCCCCAACAACAAUCCCAACAACACUUGAUACGAAAAUAAACAAACAAAAUCAAUCAAUUAAUCAAUCUGCUGAGCACGCCCACGCCCACAUCCACAUCCACACCCACACCUACGCCCCAAACCCAUUGCCAUACCCAUUCCCAUACCCGAACGCGGAUACCCGGAUACCUACAUACACAAACACACUCGAAGGACUGUCGAGUUAACGCCCACGCCCAUCGACACAGGAGGGAGUGUCGGGCAGGAGAGGACGGAGCACGGAGCACGGAGGAGACACAACACAACAGAGGCUCAAAAUAGUAACAUGUUCCAUUCGCUGGCUUUCAUAACCUGCGCACUCACCGCCCUUUCCCUGGCCCAGGGGGAGGGAUCGGGAUCGAACUCGGGGAGCGGGUCCGUGUCGGGGUCAGGGGCAAAGGCAUCCCUACCUGCAUUGGUCGCCCCUGCCCCUGCCCCUUCCCCUGGCCGUGGCCCAACCCCAGCCUCUGACGUCGCACUGCCCAUGGCCGGCAGCAGCAAGCAAUUAAGCAGAUGCCACCAGAGUUGCAAUCAGCAGCUCUCCAAAAGCUCCAGCGGCUGGCACUACUGCAGUGGACCGGAUGGGUCUGUCGAUUGCACAAAGUGCUGCCAAAACCUAAAGUCGCCUUUCGAGCUGCGGGUGCUGAAGGCCCAGCGCCAGGUGUCCUUGGUCCUGACCGACAUUGGCUGGGACGAAGCCAUAGCCAACGCUUCGCGGCAGUGCCUGAUCACCUGGGAGGUCUCCGGCGGAGGGCUGAUUGGCAACCUGCUGACGGAUACUGCCUGGGCGGAGCUUUCCCUGUGGCCGGACACCGUCUACAACAUCCAGGUCAAAUGCAAGCACCGGUUCACUGGUCUGACGAGGCGCUCAAUUAAGUUGAAUGUGGACACCAGCCAGUUGGUGGGCACGACCACCACGACCACAAGUGCUACGACCAGGAAGCACCCUCAGAAGAAUCGCAACCAUGCAACCGAUCGGGUGUACAUCAUAAGUGCUCUGCCGCCGCCCAGCGAGCUCGGGGGCGUAGUCUUUCCGGUGUUCGGGGCACUGACCUUCUUCCUGGUCCUAUUGGUCAUGUUCCUCUUCCUUCGUCCGCAGCGCAAAAGGUUUCUCCUGGACACGGACACCACUACACUAAUCGGACGGACAUCGUCGCGAACCUCGCUGGAUUCUUCCACACUGCAUGUCUGAAGAGGACACCUGGAUAAUCAAACACAAAAGAACUUUUAGUCGUAUAUAUUAAUGUCUGACUAUGUGAUAUUCUGCAUCCCAAAAAUCUCGAGCGAGGGUUAAGGAGAUUCUGUUCGUAGCCUCCCGUUUAAGUUGUAGGUCAGGUCAGGUCAGGUCAGAAUCAGGAACGAGAAGAUUAAGAGUCAAGCAACUGUCGCUCAACUUAGUUUAAGUUUUAUCCUUCUGCCAUUUUGUAAAAUUUCAAGCCAAAUCAAGCGCGCAUUCCAGCCCAUUUCAGGCGCAGUCAUAUAUAUACCUACACACGCAUAGUAAACCAAACAUAGAUCUAUAUAUAUAUAUUAAAUAUAUAACUCGACGCAUUUACAAUAUAUAUCUACAUAUAUAUCCUAGUUAUACAGCAGCGAACAUAGAUACAAAUACCAGUACAGAUGCUAAUAUAAACGGAGGUCCUGUUGCAGUUGCAGUUUAAAGAUAUGUUUACGGUUUAUAGUUAUGUAUAUAUAUUGAAUAUAUUCUAGCUUAGGGGCAGCCGCCAGUCAACUACAUACACCAAACUAAAUGCAACAAAUUGCUACAAAUUUUUUGUCAAUCGUCGUCGCUCGCUUGCAAAUACAAAAUUUAUGAAACAUUUUUUUAAUUGUAAGGACCUAUAUAGCGAAUCACUUUUCCAUUUUUUCAUCUCUAACUUAUCUCCCAAUUUAGAACAAAGUAAACCAAUGAGAAUACAACUUUAACUAAAUCAAAAUAAAAUAUUUUUCAAAAUUUGUAACCGUUUAUACACAUAUUAACUAAAUUGUAUGAACUAAAACAAAAGUAAACUAAAACGACUUAUUGUACUUGAGAAUGUAUAAAUAGGCGAAGAAAGCCGCCACCUAAAACUAACUAAAUACUGAAACAAAGUAAACUAUUAUUUAGAGGUUUAAAGUUUAAACUGAACAAAAGCUUCGCUACGCAAAUGCCUGUACAUAUUUUAGACUUAAUUUUACUGAUUUGUGUGUAUUCCUUUACAUGUUACUCCUAGUUUGUGAGAAUUGUUUUUAUUUUUUUAGAGAAUCCAUUAGAUUAUGUUUGUUGAUUUUGCUAACAGUCUACUCCAAUGGUUGUAGUAUAAAUGAGCAAGUUCCGCCAGUAGCAGGAUGUGAAGAGGAUUUUUAAUAUAACAUUCGAAAACUCCAAGAACUUUUUUCCACUAAUGUAAAGUCUAUGAUUAAAAUACCUAAUAUUAAUUCUAUUUAAUUAUUUAUGUUUUUUUUCGGCAUGCACGUAAAGCUGAAAAUGCCAAUCAUAUAAAUAAAUUAGAAUGUGGAAAAGCGGGUGCAAACCCCUUUCAACAUUCAUCCUUUUAUUUGUUUAUUAUA